CUCACAAAGAUUCCUGCCGUUCAUAUGUUGCUGCCAAUUGUAAUGACCAUCAACAGUCUCUUCAUGCCACAAUGGUGGUUACAUAUGGAAGAAAACAAAUAAUUCAUGAUUUAGGUGGUUCUAUUCCUUUAGCUGAUCGUAUUCAAAAACAUCAUUUAAGUAAUAUUUUUGAGCAACAUUAUGAACAACUUCGUGGAAUAUUUUGUGUUGAUUUUAUAUUCCAAGUGAAUAAUGUUACAGUAGGUCAAUUAGUUCUUAAAACUUUAGUUGAAUGGGAGAUACCUUUUACCUAUCCAUAUCUUAUUGUAUCAGAUUCAGCAGCUUAUAUAAAAAAAUCUGUUAGAAAAAUUUUACAACCC